AUGAUUCCAACAGACCUUACAAAAAUAACCACUUCAGUGGAACAUAUGACUUUUGAACCUACGACCAUCAUAACUUCUGAACCUACCACAACAGGCAUCGCCACCAACAUUUCCACUGAAUUUUCUGCUACAAUGGAUACUAUCACAACUCCAAAUGAAUCUACCACUUCAGUUGGGCAUAAUACCACCACAACAGCUAUAACCACGUUGACAGAAGUUACACCUAGUAUGAUUCUAACAGACCUUACAAAAAUAACCACUUCAAUGGAACAUAUGACUUUUGAACCUAUGACCAUCAUAACUUCUGAACCUACCACAACAGGCAUCAUCACUUCAAAUGUAUCAUCGUCAAUUUGCCAUCAGUCAGUUGAACUAUUACUCAAGGUUGCAGAUAUAAAGGGCAGUGAUCAAAACAAAAAAUAGUCCUGAAGUUAAUGGGAUAGUGGUAGCUCAAGAAUGGAGAGGAAACAUGGGAAAUACGUAGUGAAUAUUGAACCCUCUAGAAACCAGCCGCCAUUCUCAAGUCCAAAUGACCAGGAAGCCCACAGUUCGGUAUGUCAGUUUCCACCAUCAACUGAUGCCACAUGUGAUGCUGGUACACGUGUCCCUGGAGCCUGCAUCAACCCAGGAACUCUUGGAUGCUCACAAUGCCCCAAGAGAGACUGCCAUCACGGACGGGUGAAACACAAUUUAUUAAGUUCCUGCUCUCUAUGGAAAAUAUUCCUGGCUUGUCUCUUAGCCUGUGUCAUUACAACGAUAAUUGGAGUACUCAUCGUGUGCCUGGUGUAUAAAGGGGGAAAUAACACCGGUCCAGUCAUUGUCUACAUACCUUCAAAUGAACCUACAGGGACCACUACUACUACUAGUAUAGCCACAACGAGCACAGAAGCCUCCUCCACUACAGCCAACCCUACUACUACAACAGCUGACACCACCACGCCAACUGAACAAACAGCCACAUCCACCACUACGUCAACUCUAUCAACAACUAGCAUCUCUUCACCUACAUCAACAGCCAGCCACAACGAGCACAGAAGCCUCCUCCACUACAGCCAACCCUACUACUACAACAGCUGA